CACAAUCAACUGAACAACUCGCAGGUUCCACUGUAAAAGACUGUGUGUGUGUUUUCUCUCUCUGCACAUGUGCAUCCAGAGAGAGUCGUCUUCCUGCUCGUUCAGGGUUAAAUUCUCACAGACACUUGACUUCCUCUUGCAGACCUCUCACUCUAACACCCUGGCAAGCCCUCCUGCUUUUUUUCCUCCAGUAAAUGUUAUAAAUAGUGCAGUGUGCUCUGCUGACCGGCCAUCCUCGCCCACCUCCGCUCACUCACUCGCUCACCUUUUCACUCCUUCUCUCUCUGUCUGUUUCUCUCUCAACAUAAACACUUUAGAGUUCUUCCUUCUCAAACUUCUAUUCCUUCUUCUUCUGCUUAAAGACUGGAGGUGUUGGAGCUGGUCAGCAUGCGUUGUGUGAGCUGGUUGCUGUUGGGGACCUGCCUGCUGGUGCUGGGCCCGGCGGUGCAGGGCCAGUGCCCCAGCCCGUGCCACUGCCCCGGAAACCUCCAGCACGUCAUCUGCGACAGCGCGGGGCUGAAGAAGAUCCCCCGGGUGUCGGAGGUCACCCGUCUGCUGAACCUGCAGAGGAACAGCCUGGGCAACAUCCCCACGGGAGCCUUCAGCGACAGCAAGGGGCUCAUCUCCCUGCACAUGCAGCACUGCCAGCUCCGGGAGAUCGGCUCGCAGGCCUUCAAGGGGCUGAAGAAGCUCGUCUACCUCUACCUGUCCAACAACGAGAUCAGCAGCAUCAAGCCCGGCGCCUUCGAGGACCUGACCGAGCUCACCUACCUCCACCUAGACGGGAACCAGAUCAGCGAGCUCUCUAAAGGCAUCUUCUCCCCGAUGAUCAACCUCUUCGUCCUGCAGCUCAACGACAACAAGCUGCGGGAGCUCCGUGCGGGGACCUUCAUGGGCGCCAAAGACCUGCGCUGGCUGCACAUGAGCGGCAACGAGCUGACGAGCCUGCAGCCGGGCUCUCUGGACGACGUGGAGAACCUGGCCAUCCUCCACCUGGACAGGAACAAGAUGUCCACCUAUCCCAUCGCCGCCAUGAGCAAGCUGCGGGUGGUGGAGGAGCUGACGCUGGGGAGGAACCCCAUGAGGAGCAUCCCCGACAUCGCCUUCCAGAGCUUCGGACGCUACAUGGAGAAACUUUACCUGGACAACAUGGGCCUGGAGAAGUUCUCUAAUGGUACGUUCACUGGUGUGACAGCCAUCAAGUUGCUGGACCUGGACAACAACAAGCUACGGUCCCUUCCGAAAAGCCUCGAAUUCGGCACCAUCACUAACCUCACCCUCUCCAACAACCCCUGGAGCUGCACCUGCCAGCUCGCACCGCUGCGCAGGUGGAUGGACUCCAGCCGCAACCGUCCAGACGCAGUGUGUGCAUCUCCACCUCAGCAGAGAGGAAAGCAAGUGAGAGACAGCAGCGCCUUCAGCGGCUGCAGGCUCAAACUGAAGAAAGUCAAAAAGGGCACAACACGUCACUGAGCACGCAGCUCUACUGUACAGGAGCCGCUGAGAAGGAGCCUGUCCCGGUGACUGGCUACACAUGCAACGAAACAGCAACGCUAACUCAUUCUACUUCAAGACUGUCCAUCUAUUCAUCACACACACACAUUCAUAAACACAGUCUGCCUCCCAAACACACCCAGGCUUAACUUUAAUCUCAUUUAAGUGUGAAGUGGAAAGCUGCAACAUUCAGGUAACCACCAAAACAAAGAAGCAUUUGAGUAAAUAAAGGCGACAAAAGACACAUAUGACGUCUUUCCGUGAUGCAUUCAGGAGCUCAGAGAAACAGGACAAACAGACUUUCCUCUGCAAAGUUGUAGGUUUUUCAUUAACUUAAUGUAAAUUCUGCGGAUGUGCUGCAAGGAAAUGUUCAACAACUUGGGAAAUAUUUGCUUUCUUAAGGCCGUUAGACCCUUGGGCCUGACAAAUACAUGAAUAUGCAAAAUACUUGCAUGCAAAUAUUUGUCUUUAAAACUAUUCAUAGCAAUGCAAAUGUGCAACAUUUGUUUAAUAAAAGGUUCAAAUAGAUUUGAAUAACUACAAAUAAGUCUGUCUGAGGUAAGUUGUUGUAAAGCCUGAGCUACUGGAAGUAUUUUAUAGAGUUUCUCUGGUACACAGUUAAGCAGCAAUGUUUAUGUCUUGGGCUUUUAUUGUGAAAUGUUAGAAAGAGAGCAGUGGAUCUGGUAUUCUCUGCUUCUCUUAAGGUUGAAAGGAGUAAUAAAGUUUGCCGUCUUGUUUUAAUAAUCUUCAUGACAAGUCCUAACACUCUGCUUCACUUUAUUUUAUGUUUUAAAUGUGUCUGUUUUUCAGAAGCACCUUUAUGCGCCGUGCAAAAGUUCAGAAAAACUGAGAAGCUCUGUUUAAAAGUACUCAAGAUGAAAACAACAGAUUCCCACGUGCAAAUUAAUUGCACCAAAAAAACUCAUCUCCUGCGGUUAGCUUAGCUUAGCACAAAGACUGGAAACAAAGGGAAACUGCUAGCCUGGCUCCAUGCAAAGAUAAGAAAAUACCCAAAGUAAUACCUCCAUAGCUUACUAAUUAAUACAUGUAUUGUUUAUUUAAUCCACACAUUCAACUGAAUUCUUCACAAAAAAUAAAGAUCGGUGCAGCUUUAAUCUGCAGCACAUGAAGCCACUAAAACAAGCAAUGCUCCUUUAUUUUGGUGGUUACCUCUAGAAAAGUAUCAAACAGUUAAAGGGCAGAGAAAUAAAAUCCUCCAAACUACGAGAGAUUACUUAAACAUCUUCCAACUGUCACUAACCCUCUUUUCUACUUUGUGAUGUCAGUUAUAUCAUAUCAUAAACUGAGAAAACAUAAUUUUAAAAGUGACCACAAGAGUUGAAGAAGACUCCAAGACAUUUAAAAAAA